UUGACGUACGUCCCCAUCGGUUGUCAGUUGUAGUUAGCGGCCUACCAACUAUAAUCACCAGUUUCAGCAGACAAGACGUGACUGUCGUCCAUACCUCUAUUAUACAUCUUCGAAGAUUCAAAAUCAUGGCAGAUCGGUCUCCAAGUACUAAUCCUCCACAUUACCUGAAAGUCAUUAAAACGUUCAACCGGAGUGGUUCAAAUUUAAGAAAUAGAGUCAAUGAUGCAAUUGAUGAUCUUGCCAUUCAAGCAUAUACGGACAAAAUGCACUGUCAAUUAUGCGCCAUAUUUAUAGUCAUGACCGCAAGGAAUUCAUGCUGCUCCAUAUGCUUCAAGGAAUGGAUGAACGAGUACGACGAUGAUGAUAAUCCCAAUGAUAAUAUUAAGUGUAAAAAGUGCGAUCGACCAAUCAAGAACGCGCUGGAUAACAGAAGCCUUGACUUUUUAUGUAAUCUAGUUGGGCUCAAUGAAAAAAAAAAACCAGGUGGACAUUUUGGUUAUCCUGUAUUAGGCAUUGCAGCGAUGGAUCUGUUAUUCGAGAGCAUCAAAAUUGAAUCCGAGACCCUUGACAAUGAUUCAGAGACCAACAUAACAGAUUAAUACAAAUUCAUCAAUAUUUACACAUUUUAUGAUUUUAUAUGUUAUAAAAUGAAAAAAAUGUAACCAAAAUUAAAAAAUCAUUAAUAUUUACUAAAUCUUACAAUUAUUUUAAACAAAGAUCUUUUUAUAUAGCAAUAUAUGUCAACAAUAGCUAGAUAUCAGCUUUUUAUAUGUCAAUGAAAAUGAAAAUGUUUGUCAUAUGCCACUAGGCAGUAACACAAAAACUUUAUUUUCAGUAAAUCAUAAAAUAUUUUUCAACGUUAUAUAAAUCCAAGAAUUAUCAAUAAUAUUUUUUUAAACAUUUAAGAGAUGGUAUGCAAUUGUAUUUUUAAAGAGUAAACUAUAUCAUAC